AUGCCGCCCAAAGGACGUAAAAACCUCGAGCCAGUGGCUCAGAAGACUCCGGUCAACCGUCGUCGUACUAGUCUUCCAACUCGGGAGGAUAGUGUCGGUGAGGAUAGCUUUGAUGAGAGUAAUUACUCUGAAGAUGACGAUGAUGGAGAAAGCGUCUCGGGCUCCUCUCCUUCGUCGGAAGUGCACUCCAAAUCAGACACAACCGCCACAAAUGCCUUAAAACGCUCCAUUGUGUCACAUCGUCGAUAUAUCCCUGACUUUGAUAGUCUACCGAACACCGGGGUUUGGAUCUCUCCUGCCCCUAGUAGACAUACCGAGUUUAAGCAAGUCGUUGUACGCACCACCAAGUGCGACAUUUGCAACCAAAAGGUCGAGGCCCAGGACAAAGAGGAAGACGGAAAGGUCAUGCAACGAUGCCGUUGUUGCAAUAUACAAUUUUGUCAGGAUUGUGUACUGAGAGUAUCUGACGAUAAGAUACAUUUUCCUGUUCUCGCAGAGUUGGAGUGGGAGGCUAAGACAAAGGUUAAUGCUAUAACUCGGGGAGCAAAUGGUUUCAAAGAUCAUAUGUUCCACAAGCCACGAUCUGAGCCAAAGCCAAUCAGACCCAUGACGGCAUCCGAGAGAUUGUCUAUCUCGAGGGCUAUCGCUUCAGGCAAGUUCAGCAACAUGGUUAUCAACACCCCAACCCCCUCACGUCCAUCGCGAGCCAAGACCACCAAGGCUUCUGCAAAGAAGUCCAAGAAGCGUCAACUUCCCCCCGGUUACGCUGAAGAGGAAGGUGAUACUCAUUAUGAGUUGGAUUGGGACUGGAUCCAGAAGCUUCCAGUAGAGGAGCAGCGUAAGGAGAGAAAGGAGGCUGCUCAGCGCAAUCUUCUGAGAAAGCCAACUCUCGAGACAAUGGAGGAUCCGGGUUCCGAUGAGGCUGCGGUCGACCCACCUCAGAAAACUAGAACUCCACUUCCGAAUGCACCAAAGCGCCGUAAGGUUGCAACUCGCCGUCGCAGCGGUAAAUCCACCACCACAGCCGCCCCCACUAGUGAUGUUGAAACUCCCCCCACCCAACCACCACGCAACACUCUUGAUAGCUUAGCUCAGGCCGCUCAAGUUACAAGAGAAAAUCGUCAGGAUACGAGCGAGAAAUCUGAUGAAAAUGAGCGUGGAGUGACACCCAGUCACGAUGCUUUCGACGACGAAGAUUGUGUCCAAGUUGAAGCUAAUGACGCCGAGGAGGACGAUUCUGAGCCUGAAGACAACUGA